UGUCAACAUAUCAUUUUCAUUUUUUUAGUCUCUCUUCUUCUCAUUUUACAUCUCUCCCGAUUCUCUCCUUCUUCUUUCGUCGCCGUCGCUACUGUUUCUCUUCACGUGUGUCAAGGAAGAUGGCUAGUGGUAGCCUGAAAAGCCUUAUAUCUUCAGCAGUGGGUCGAGGUGUGAACGAAGCGAGAGCCAGGAUUUUCGGACAUAUGCUUAACCCAACGGGACAGAGAUCUCCUCAUAAGAUAUUAAGGAAGAAGCUUGUUGGUGACAAGGUUGCAGAAUGGUAUCCAUAUGACAUUAAGAAUGAGGAUCCCAAUGUCUUGGCUAGAGAAGAACAAGAGCGGAUAUCAAAGCUUGAGAUGUUGAAGCGUCGUAACAAAGGACCACCAAAGAAGGGUCACGGAAAACGUGCUGCGAAACGUAACAAGUAGAAGUAAUAACCAUUGGCUACUAAAAAACAUUGCACUUUUAGGAUCAGACUCUUCUGGUUGUAUCAGACAGAACUUUAUAAGUUAAAGUUUCUCGUACUUAAAACUGCAUUCGUUUCCAAUAACGUUACUAUGUUGAGACACAGUUGAAAGCUAUUUUGCUUCCCUUUUGACUAA